AACAUGUAUCCCAUUUUAUUUGGUUCUACUUUUAGGUUACACAAACCGGAUAAAGACACACUAUAUAAUCUGCUAUGCAUGGCGUGUAUUACCAACAACCAAUGUAGUUUUCAAGACCUCAUCACACUCUUCCCUAGUUCUAAGGACAAGUUUCUUGAAGAUGUAAAGGAUUCCAGAGUCCUUGGCGUCACCUUUCUCCGUCUGUUGGACCAUUGCCUCGACCAUGUUUUCCAGGCCAACUAUAGGAAGAGCCUAACAGUCUGCGACAGUCUUCUAGACAUGACAUGGGAGAAACUCAACACUGGGUACUGGAAGGAUGUCCACCUUGACUGGAGGCGUGUGUACACCGUGGUCAGUGUUGCUAAAGUGUUUUGUCAGUGCUGUCUUUUGAAACAGAAAAUUGAUAAAGGCGAUUUGGAGGUAGCAGACGACAAAAACGAAACGAUAGCAGACGAGAGAUUCAAAAUGUUUGGGAAAGAGGACAAAAACAGAAUGGCGGUAGCAGACGAGAUAGAUAAAACUUUAGGGAAAGGUGAGGAUAUAAGUUUGGUACCAGACGAUCAACCUAGAACGUUAGUAGCUGACUACAAAAACGAAAUUCUGAUAGAAUUCGAGAAAAACAGAAUGCUGGGAAAAGGCGAGGACGGAACUUUGGUAGCAAAAAAUACAGACAGAACAUUAGUAGCAGACGAUGAACAUGAAGACUCGGUAGCAGACGAGAAACGCGUAACAAUGGUAGUGGACGCGAAAAUCGGAACGUUUAUAGUAGCUGAGAAAAACAAUACUUUGGUAGCAGGCGACUUAACGCCGACAGCAAACAAGAACAACAAACAUCAUGAAAAAGACAACACGUUACUAACAAACGAGAUUUCGGUAGCGGAGAUCUUAAAAUCGUGUGAUAUGGGUUUGCUGAUGGGAGCUCCCAUGUUGGACAACAUUUUGUCUAAGCUGCGACAAAAAUUCACGCCGGUUUUUGCGAAUCCAAGAAAACGAAACUCGUCGACUCAUGUAAACGUCUUCGACGAAUCUGUUGACAAAAGGGCCAAACUGGACAAGCAACGCGAACAGGUUAUAACUGACAAGUCGCACGAGGUUGAACGAGUGUCUUGUCCAUCGCUUGAAAGCUUCAAGAAGAAAUACAUGGACACAAACACACCUGUGAUAAUAACAGACGCCAUUGACUUCUGGCCAGCUCUUAGCGAGAGGAAGUGGACGCUGGACUAUUUGAAAGAAACUGCAGGAUUCAGAACUGUUCCUAUCGAACUGGGCUCCAAAUACACCGAAGAGUCCUGGUCGCAGGAUCUUCUGACGGUCAACGACUUCAUUGAGAAAUACAUUGAAAACGAGAACCCUCCCGCGAAGGGUUACCUCGCCCAGCAUCAGCUGUUCGAGCAGGUGCCCGAGCUGCAGAACGACAUAGUCAUCCCGACGUACUGUUGCCUUGGUGAUGCUGAUGACGUGGAAACAAACGCAUGGUUCGGACCAAAGGGCACGGUGUCUCCUUUACACUAUGACGCCAAAUAUAACCUCCUGGCUCAGACUGUAGGGGAGAAGUACAUCAGACUGUAUUCUUACGAGCACACGGACGGACUAUACCCGCAUCCCGACCGUCUGCUGUUCAACACCUCACAGGUGGAUGUGGAGGCGCCUGACCUGCUCAAGUUUCCCCUGUUUGCCGGUGUGCCCUACAAAGAGUGUGUGUUACGCACUGGGGAGAUGCUGUACAUCCCUCCAAAGUAUUGGCACUUUGUUCGAUCUCUCUCCGUUAGCUUCUCGGUUAGCUUUUGGUGGGAGUAAGCGUACCGGGCACACACAAUACUCCAGGUGCUUGACGGUUAUACUCACGAUAUCCUGUUGACUACAUGUAAUGAGGUAAACUUGAAACUGGU